GAGUAACGGAUAACAGUGAAGGACAAAUUAUUUUUUCUCCCUAAAGAUGUUUGAUAAAUAUAUAUUUUUCUAAGUAUUUAAGACAAGAGCGUCCUGCAAAGUGUGUUACAUACCUCAUAUUUGCUUGGCUUUCCUAACACUUACAGCUGUUUUUCCUGCGUAGAACUUUUGCAAAAUGGGUUACCUUCUGCAGAUGACGGUCCUCAUGGCUAUCGUGCUGUGCGUAAUGACAGGAGUGAUGGACAGGAGGAUGGAGGUCACUGAAGCAACGGCAUACCUGAUGAAGUAUGGCUAUCUGCACACUUCACUGGAUCCUCAGAACCAGGGCUUCCAGACAGAAGAUGUAAUUCAGGCCCUCAGGGUGUUCCAGAGGGUGACAGACCUGCCUGUCACUGGAGUGAUUGACAAGGCCACCCUAGAGAUGAUGAGACAGCCUCGCUGUGGCAUAGAGGACCCCUUCAACCAGAAAACCCUCAAGUACAGAGUGCUGGGCUACUGGCGCAAGAGAAGCCUGACCUGGCGCAUCUACAACUAUACUCCAGACAUGCGGAAGAGUGAGACAAAGAGGGCCAUCCGCUCUGCCUUUAAGUAUUGGAGCGAUGUGGCUCCCCUGAGCUUCCGAGAGGUUGAGUAUGGACGAGCCGACAUCAGGAUCUCAUUCCACGCGAAAGAUGCCACUUGUGCCGUGCCUUUCGACGGGAGGGGUCACGUGCUGGCCCAUGCUGAACACCCAGAGUCAGGGAUUGUUCAUUUUGACGAGGAUGAGUUUUGGACCGAGGGCAUGUUCUACGGCACUAACCUGCGUAUCAUCGCUGCCCAUGAGAUAGGCCACGCCCUGGGCUUAGGCCACUCGCAAUACAGAAGUGCUCUGAUGGCCCCUCUUUACACCGGCUACCGUAACAACUUCCGUCUGCAUCCCGAUGACGUAAAAGGCAUCCAAGCUAUGUAUGGUAAUCGUGGUACAAGUGUUCCAAUUGAGCCCACAGUGACACUCCCCACAGACAGCCUCCCUGAUGCUGAGGGAGACAUCCCAGACCCCUGCACCGCCAGGUUAGAUGCCAUCAUGUUGGGUCCAUGGAGGAAGACAUUUGCCUUCAGUGGUGAUUAUGUGUGGAUGGUGUCUGACAUGGGAUACAAUGCACCCAUGAAGAUCGACCGGCUGUGGACCGGACUGCCUGGGAACCUGAACGCAGCCGUUUACUCUCAGAGAACCAACAAAACAUACUUUUUUAAAGGUGAUGAAGUGUGGAGAUACACCAGUUUUCUCCUGGACUACGGGUACCCCAAAGAGCUGAAACGCCUCCCACCUAAUAUUGAUGCCGCUUUGUACCUGGAGAAGAAUAAGAAGCUGGUGUUUUUCAAGGGUACAGGUUAUUGGCAGUGGGAUGAGCUGCUCUCCAGUAACCUCAACGUGUACCCCAAACCCUUGUCUAACCUCUUCACUGGGGUGCCCUCCAGCCCUGACGCUGCCUUUACCUUGACCAAUGGAAAGAUCUUCUUCUUCAAGGGAGACAAGUACUGGCGUGUGAACAGUCUACUGAGUGUAGACAAAGGCUAUCCACUCAGCAAGCGUGAACGCUGGAUGCACUGUUAGGAGCCAGACACUAGAGGGUAGUAGACACCAUAAGCCUUGAUAGGGUGCUGACGUGAUGUGUGCUCAAUUGACCUUUCAGGGAACCACAACAACAACUACAACCACACUGUGAUAACAUUGUGUUCACACUGUGAGGGGUCUGGAAACCAUAUAACCAUAUUUAUAUGUACCGGUACAUGAUUUCAAGUGAGGAUUGAGUUAGGUACAGUCAAAGUACAUAAAACUGAAAUGUUAUGUCAAAUGAAUUCUUCUUGAAACACAAGAACCUUUAUCAGGUUGAGUAUUGAGUGUCGUCCCACAUAAUUAAAAUGCCUUUAUAGUUCUGGAGCAGUAACCUGCUGGGUUUGUUCAUAUCAUUAUGGCCUGGCUCUUUUCUUCCAAACAGCCCAAACAUGUUAGGCUUAGAUCAGACUGUGUGUGUGUGUGUGUGUGUGUGGAGAGGCUAUUUGUUAUGAUCUUAGGGGGCCUUCCAGGGGGGCCAUUUUCUCCCUCACAACAGAUGUGGAUUGGAUUAUUCAAUUGUUGUGUGCCCUCUUUUCAGUAUGUGUACUGAUUUCAACGGUGUUCCAGUUAGAAACUUCUCGUUUUCUUUUGACGUUUCGCUUGCAGAUACUGUGGAUGGGUCUGAAAAAGUAUUUGUGAGUUUAUUGUCGCCAUGUUAUGCAUUUCUAGGGCAAUGGUGUAAAUAUUUUAUCACUGCCCACAAAGAGAAACAUGAUAUCAUUGGUGUUUAGACACAAGCUUUCACAUUUUAUAACUGGUUUAUAAUUGUGUACUAAUGUUGCUGUUGAACCUCAUCAUGCUUAUUGAUGUUUUUAUAGUCAUGAUGCUCAUACAAGCUAAAGGGAAUUCACAUUUCAGUGUAU